GCGGCCAGGAGUUGAAGGACGCCUGUGCAGCGCUAGGUCACCACACUUCUGCCCCACGACCUGUACAGACCUGAGCAUCUCAGAGAUGAAGACCGCUGUACUCCUGCUUCUCUGCUACUGCUGUCAUCGCUGCCAACGACGAUGGCAGUCACGACCCACCAUGUCUGACUUCUCAGCACGAGUGUCGAGACCACGUGGGCCUGUCCGCUCUCUUCGUCUUCAACGGCGACUACUACUGCUGCACCGCUGGUCACACCAUGCAGUGGAGAAACACCAACAACUGCACCUGCCACGCAACACACCAAGUUGAAACGUGUCAUGCUGGACAGCAAGCGUGCGUCAACGCCGCGACCUUCAUCCUGGACGGCGAAGGCAACAUCCACUGCUGUCCGCCCGGCAGCAGCAGCAUUCAGGCUUUCCACACCAACCUUAACGGCCGGCAGGUCGACAGCUGCACUUGCUCCUUCCAGGUGUCCCCCGACGACGACAUCCCGGAGGCUGCCAACAGCGUGGUGUUCACCAACACACAGGUGGCUGGCGAAGACGCCAACGUCACUCACAUCGGUCAGGAGGCGCGGCAUGCUGGCAGGCGCUUCUCGACGACAUGAGGGCUUUGAGAGACAACUUAGCGCGGGCAUUCAACAACCUGCCGGGCUUGCGUCAUCACCAAGAUGAUGACGAUGACGAUGAUAAUGAUGACGAUGGCGAUGAUGAUCAUGAUGAUGACCACCACAAUGGUGAUAAUUGUGACUCCUGUUAACUCCCAAGUUUUAACUUUGUUUUGAUUUUUUUUUUAAUUGUCUUAUUAUUCUAGAUUUACAUUAUUCUAAAACAUUACAGAAAAAAAGCGCUGUCCUUUUGCCUUGUAUUUUUUUUAAAGCUUCAAGUUUUUAUGCCCCUUCAACUGUUCCAAGUUAAGGGAAAGUUUUUUUUAUACAGAUUUUGCAGAAACAGUGACAACGUUUACCACAAAAACUAAAUUUUCCCCCAACACACGAGGAAUGCUUUAUACAGACAGUGUCAGACAUAUUGGAUACAUACACAGAACACUGCAACUCCGAUUCGUAACUUUCAAGCUAUCCGGAAGUGACGGACCUCGGAUAAGUGAAAGUGUUCCAUUUCUGGACUCUUUUCUCGUACCAAACACACUUUUUUACACGCUUGAGUGUGUUUUAGAAUGUUGAAUUAUGACCUGGAUGUAUAGUAGUCCAGAACUUUUCCUGGACAUACAGCAAUCCAUUUACUGGUCUCUUGAAGAGCUAGUUAAGCUUUAGUAAGAGGACUCUGUAACUAGCACUUCAUGUCUUAGAAAAAAAAGAGAAAUCGCCUAAAACGGAGAUUUUUAAAUAUAACAAGCUAUCAAAACACUGUUAGUUUGUUAUGAUAGUCCGAGAAUAGUUGUAUUUAGUGUCUACAAAAGUUCUUUCCUUCCGAAAGAGAGAGGUCGUACUGCUGGUAGUUCCUGCUAGUGUUAGGCAGAAGGUAUUGACCAUGCUGCAUGACGACAGAAGUCAGAUCGUCCUUGGUCCUUGGUGGUGACAGAAGAUUGGUAUGUGUGAAGUGGCCUGGUAUGACAUAAUGUGACACGUUGGUGUAGACAAGUUGACUUACAGAUUUAAAACAAACUGUUACUCUCCACCCCACCCCACCCCAC